AGGUACGAAAUUGUUUACAGGAGGAGGAGAAGGAGACAAGACCACACAUAGAAAAAACAAUGGCAAAGUGUUUUAGUUUCACUGCAUCGCGUGACUCUUGCUACCGCUACUCCUUCACUAAAGCCGGAUUCAAAUCAUGCACCACCGAUCUAGGCGACGGCACCGUCAUGCACUGCUGGGUCCCCAAAACUCACAUCCAAUCCAAGCCUGCUCUCCUCUUAAUUCACGGGUUUGGCGCCAACGCAAUGUGGCAAUUCAACAGCUUCAUUCCUCCAUUAAAAUCCAACUUCAAUAUCUACAUCCCCGAUCUUCUCUUCUUCGGCGAUUCUUACACGACCCGACCCGAGAGAUCCGAGAGUUUCCAGGCCCAGUGCGUGAUGGCUUUAAUGGAUGCUAUUGCUAAUGUUAGUAAAAUGGAUAUUAUGGGGCUUAGUUACGGCGGAUUCGUGGCGUAUAGUAUGGCUGCGCAGUUCCAGGAGCGCGUGAGACGCGUGGUGUUAGGUUGCGCUGGAGUUUGUUUGGAAGAGAAAGAUGUGGAGGAAGGGAUGUUUAAAGUGAAGAGUGUUGAUGAAGCUGUUACUCUUCUGUUGCCGCAAAGUCCGGAGAAAGUUAGAGAGUUGGUGCGACUGUCGUUUUACAAGCCUCCACCAAAUGCUCCUUCUUGUUUUCUGAAUGAUUUUAUUGAGGUGAUGUGCACGGAAUAUCUUCAAGAGAAGAAAGAAUUGAUCCAGGCAUUACACAAGGAUAGGAAGUUGUCUAAUCUUCCCAAGAUAACCCAGCCUACCCUUAUAAUUUGGGGUGAAUACGACCAGAUCUUCCCACUGGAAUUGGCACAUAGAUUAAAAAGGCAUAUUGGUGAGAAUUCCGAGUUAGUGAUAAUAAAAAACGCUGGGCAUGCUCUUAAUGCAGAGAGGUCUAAAGAAGUGUUCAAGCACAUGAAGUCUUUCCUCAUCGAUACUCCCUUUCCUACUAAGCAAGGAAGCCACACAAAUGGUAGCAAAGUAGAUUGAAAUAUCUACAAGCUGUGGAUGAUCUUUUUGGGAAUGAGCAUCUCUUAUCUGAUGUGCGUUGUGAACAGCAUAGACCAUAUUGAUUGAUGAUGAUACAUUUUAGUAGAUUUAGAAAACACAAGAAUUAAAUUAAUGCAAAGGAUAUGAAAGAGUCAGCUAGGAUUCCCCUGUUCUUGGGAGAUUAAGUUAUACUUGUGAUUUUGAUUCCAGAAGGCUGAUACGGGAUGAGCCAUUACUGGCCGGUGCUAGGUGUUCUUUGUUGGUAACUGGUCACUUAAAAGAAGUCAGAAUCUAGUAUUGUUGAACCCCUGUUGUUGUAUGUGUUCUGUAUAUUGAAUGUGUGUGAUAAUGUAAUAACGUAUAUAAUAUAGUAUGUGAUGUUUUCAUGUUUGGUUUUAAGCUUGAUACAGUAAGAAUCACAUGUUUAAAACAUGUUUACUGACUA